AUGGAACAAGAAAUUAAGUUAUAUUUUUUUAUUAAAGUUUCUCUUUUUAUAUUUAUUACUUGGAUAUAUCAUUUUUCCAAUAAUAUGAGUAUAUUUGACAAAUUCCUUUAUGGGAAACGAACCAUUGGAAGUAAAUUAGAUAUAAGAAAUUAUAGAUUAAUAGCAAAAUAUAAACAGGAUAAAUGUUCAAAUUUCUUACAUUCAAAAGAAGAGUUACCUAAUAAUUUGAUGAACAAGGAAAAAGAUAUAUGUAUAAACGAUAAAGGAGAUAAACGAAAAAUGAAUCAAUCCGAUGCACGUUCACUAAAUAAUACAGGAGGAUAUAAAUUACAUAAGAAAAAUAAGUCUAAUAUAUUUGAGACUAUAAAAUUAUCUCAUAUAGAAAAGAUGAUAUUCAAAGAACUUGAUUUUAUAGAUUUUGUUAAAAAUAGAAGGACCAUUAGUGAUGAAACUUACAAAAAAAUAAUACGUAAAAAAUUAGCUUUACGAUUUACCAUACCUUUGUUAUUGUUUUUGUUGUUGUCAGUAUCGAUGAUAAUAGAUUUUUCUUGCUUUCGCUAUUUUAGAAAGGGAGUGUUUUACGCAUUGCGUAUAUGGCUUGGAGGUUGGUGGUACGGUUCUUUAAAUAGUUUGCUGGAAAACUCCUCUUUAAAUUUUUUAUUUAAGUCUACAAAAAAAAUAAAAUUAAAAAAGUGGAUUAAUGAAAAAAAAAAAUUGGUGGAUCUGGAAGAAUUCGAUUACGUAUAUGGAUUUUAUAGAUAUCUGUUAUGUUUAAUAUAUUUAAUAGCUUUCUUAAUAUUGGGUGUAACACUUAUAUUAGGAAUGGUUUAUUAUCAUAAAAAAGUUAAAAAAUAUCAAAAAAUUAAGUUCAGAAAAAGGUAA